AUGCGCUUUGCCCUGGAAGACGUCGACUCGGACUCGGACUACGACAUCCUCGCACCAGUCCAUGCCUCAGUCUACUCUGACGACGACGACGAUAGUCUAGAUGGCCUCGAGUGGGUCAACACACAACCCCGCUCAUCCCUAGGAAGAUCCCUUCGCGCAGCACUCGACUCUAGUGACGACGAAACCACAGCCUCGGAUGGUAGCAUCGAGUUCAUCGGAUUCGGCGGUCGCUCCGGCAAAGGCAAGCAAAGGGAAACAGACCACGAGCUAGACGCAGAGCUGGACUCGGAGGAUGAGGUCGAAUUUAUGGGGUUCGGCCCCGGACCGAGUCGUCCUAGGUCAGGCAUGAGCUCGAGCAAAUCAUCGAGCAAAAGCCAGCCUUGGAACGUUUUUGGCAGCUCUUCGCAGAAGAAAUCAGUCUCACGAUCCCACGCCCCUGCCUUACUCCGCAACUCGCUAUUGACACGCUCUGCGACCAGUAUUCCAUCAAAGACCAAAACCGACCUGGCGGACGCUCUGCGGGACGAAGAUGGGUAUGAGGGUUGGGUCAAGAAGACCGAGCUGGACGCCUGGCGCGAUAACCAACGGCGAGUCGCUCUGCAACGCUCCCAAAUCCGAGACAUCUCCUCCAAUGCCCGGCAAAAGAUCCAAUCUCUCCAACAAGUGCAAAUGUCCCGCGAAGCGGAAGAAAUGAGCCAGAUGCUGGAGGGACUCGUCAUACGGCAUCGGAAAGAAGAGGAAGAGCUGCAGAGGACAUUCAAAGAGCGGGAGAAGGCGUUGUGGGAGGAUAUCGAUGGUGUUAUCAAGGCUGCCGAGAAGCAGUACGCCGAGGCCGAAGCGAGAGCUGCUGCAGACGCCCAAGCUGUAGCAAAAAAGGAGAAGGAAGAGCAAGACGCUAAGAUUGCCGCUGCUGAGAGACUCGCUCUUGCCCAAAAAGCCGAAGUCGAACGGCGCGCCAAAGAACUCGCCCUCAAGGAGCAACAGGCGCGUUCUGCAAAGGAAGCUGAAGAGAGGCAGCGACAAGAAGCAGAGGAGAAGGCUCAGUUGGAGUCUCGCAGAAGAGAUAAGAAGGGCGAGGCGGGUGCCAUGUGGAGGCAAUACGUGGAAAAGCAGCAGUGGAUGAAGAGUGAAGUCAUCGAAGCUGUCAAGGCGGACAAGCCGACCAUGACUGCUCUGAACAAGAGCAAGAGAAUGAUGACCAGGUGGUUGGGGCAAACGCUGAAUACGAAAGAGUCGGUCACCAAGAUCACGAACGACAUUCACGACAUCCUCGUACAACAUUUACCCACCUUGCCCACCACCGCCUCCCCCAUCGUCCUCAAUAACGACAUCCCUAGACCCUACGCCUAUCUCCUAUCCCACAUCUCCAAAGUCCUCAUAUCGCAGGCCCAGUCAGAAAUCACUUCAAAGCCUGCAUCAGCUUAUCCACUGGGCAAGAUUGUGUAUGGCUUGAUGUUGAGGGGCCACGCGGCGCUAGGCGACAUCUUGUUUGCAAGAUUUGUGAAAAAGUGUCCUUGGGUUGUGCCCUUCUACCCUGCCAGACAGCCUAAUCAAUCCCGCGAAGAGUACGAACAGUCCACAGGCCGUGGUACCGACGAAUCGUCGCACGAGUACAUCUCCCGCAUGUCUUCCCUCUCCACCCUCUUCUUUGCCAUCCUUCAAACGCCCAUCCCAUCACUCAUAUCCACCCUCCCCACCCCACUACCAACGCCACAACAACUAGAGCAGCUCAUACCAGUGCCAAUGAGGCUGAGCUACGCGUGGACGUGGAUGGCGCUGGCAUUGAGAGACCCAAUGCCUGCUUCGCCACCUAUAGCUACGCUCGUGACUACUUGGCUGGAGAUUGCGUUGGCAGAGUGCAUCUCUGUCUAUGGCAGAAUUCAGACGGACAAGAUCAGGGAAGUUUUGGAGAGAGAGGGUCUGCAGGGAGGAGGAUUGAAGGGAGAUGGUGGGAUGGCACUGGAUAAGCUGGAAUUUGUCUUGGAUAGGUGGAGGAAGGGAGAUGAUAUGGCGCUGAAGGGGAAGGAUUGGGCUGCUUAG